AUGACGUGGAGCGCUCCCUGGCUGGCUGGCAAGACUGCGCGUCCUGCGCGUGCACUUGCCCAUGACGCGCACGAACGAGAAGACCCGCUAUUGCCUGCGGUGCAAGCCAUAUACGGCUCGACCAGCAACAAACUGAAGAUCAAGAGGUGCCUGAUCGUCUUGGGCAUUGUGACGGCGGUUGUUCUGUCGGGAUCGAGUGUGUGGUGGCUGUUGUUCGACAAUGGCCAUGAAGGUGCAGCGGUCCCGGCGGAUUCGUACGUCUGUGGAGACACCAAGAGCGAGGCAGGCUACAUCAAGUUGGCAAACAAGCAGGACGACCACUACUUCUACUGGUUCUUCGAGUCUCGCAACAAUCCCGAGACCGACCCACUUGUGCUGUGGCUUACUGGAGGUCCCGGUUCGUCCAGUAUGUUCGCUCUACUCACGGAGAAUGGUCCGUGCACCAUUCAACCAGACCUGAGCACCAAGUUUAACCCGUACUCGUGGAACAACAACGCCAACGACUACAACGAAACGGACGUGGGGGAGAACAUCUACUGGUUCUUGCAAGGAUUCAUGGAGAAGCACCCGCAGUACCGAGGCCGCGAGUUCUUCGUGACGGGCGAGAGUUAUGGUGGACACUACGUGCCUGCUGCGGCGCACUACAUUUGGUCGAAGAACAACGCAGGCAAGGCAGAUGGAGAUGCUUCGGUCAUCAACUUGCAAGGAAUUGCCAUUGGCAAUGGACUUACCAACCCAGCGAUUCAGUUUGCGUAUUUCCAAGACAUGAACCACAACCGAUACAACAUCACGCUUCUUACUGAUGCUGAAGAGCAGCAGAUGAAGACUGACAGUGUGGAGUGCAUCCGCCAGGCUCGCGAGUGUCAUUUGGCGCUGCAAAAUGGGGAUAUCUGCAUGGUUUCCGUGCAGUGCUGGGUUGACAAGCUCAUCGGGCCUUUCAACAGCGCGAAUCGCAAUAACUACGACGUCCGCCAGCCGUGCAACAACAGCGACCCCAGUGCGACCUGCGAUGACACGCCUACGAUUACUGCAUACCUCAAUUCUCCUGCUGUCAGGAAGUACCUGAACGUUGACGAGCGUGUGUCGGCGUGGCAGGAGGAUAAUAGCGACGUGGAGAUGACGUUCGCCUCUGAUGGUGACUGGGUGGUUCCCUUUCAUGAAGUCAUUGCGGACAUGUUGAACGACGGCCUGCGUGUCCUCAUCUAUGCCGGCGACGCUGAUCUCAUGUGCAACUGGAUCGGUAAUCGAGCGUGGACUUUGGCCCUGGACUGGAGGGGCAAGGAAGGCUUCAACGUAGCGGAAGAGCGAGCUUUCGUCGCUCAUGGCCCUUUGUUGUCCGAAGGAUCGACACCCAUCGACGCUGGCGUGGUGCAUUCGUUCAAUAACUUUGCGUUCGUGCGCGUGUAUGAUGCUGGGCACAUGGUGCCGAUGGACCAGCCCGCAGUCUCGCUGGAUCUCCUCAGCAGGUUCCUAGCCGACGAAGAGCUCUGA